CUCUAGCGGGAACUAAUUCUUCCGCUGUCUGCGUUUCCACCCGGACACAGCAGCAGGGCGAAGCAGGAAACAUGGCGUUCAACUUCGGCGGCGCGCCGGGCGGCGCGGGUCUGACUGCACCAGCAUUUGGAGCCACCACAACAACAUCUGCACCCACAGGGUUUGGAUUUGGCUCGACGACUACAGGAUUUGGGGGUCUGGGGCCUGUCAGCACCACUACAGGGGGGUUUAGUUUUGGGGGGGUUGGGUUGAACACUAAUCCAGCAGCAGUCAACUUUAAUAUGGGGGGAUUUGGGGCCCCAACCACAACAGCCACUGUGUUCAAUUUUGGCAAUAGUCUUGGUGGUGCAGGUGCGUUUGGCGGCUUUGGCACCACUACUACAUCAGCCACUGCCGGCUCCACCUUCAGCUUCUCCAACCCUUCAAACACAGGUGGUGGUCUGUUUGGAAACACUCAAAAUAAGAGCUUUGGAUUUUCAUCUGGCCUUGGAACAGGCACUGGUACUGGAACAGGGUUUGGAGGUUUGGGAGGUGGAGGCCUGGGCUUCGGAAGCUUUAACCUUCAGCCUACACAGCCUCAACAGGGAGGUUUGUUUGGCCAGCAGGCCCAAGCCCCAGCACAAUCUAACCAGCUGAUCAACACAGCCAGUGCCCUCUCAGCCCCCACUCUUCUCAACGAUGAGCGUGAUGCCAUCCUGGCGAAAUGGAAUCAGUUGCAGGCCUUCUGGGGCACUGGGAAGGGCUACUUCAACAACAGCAUCCCACCUGUGGACUUCACCCAGGAGAACCCUUUCUGUCGCUUCAAGGCGGUGGGCUACAGCUGCAUCCCGAGCAGUAAGGAUGAGGACGGUCUGGUGGCUCUUGCUCUGAAUAAGAAGGAGGCAGACGUGCGCAGUCAGCAGCAGCACCUGGUGGAGUCGCUUCACAAAGUCCUGGGAGGAAACCCCACACUCACGGUCAACGUGGAGGGGGUCAAAGCUCUACCUGACGACCAGACAGAGGUUAUAAUUUAUGUGGUGGAGCGUUCACCAAAUGGCACAUCGAAGCGAGUUCCAGCCACCACUCUGUUCAACUACGUGGAGCAGACCAACGUUAAGGGCCAGCUGCAGCAGCUGGGUGUGACCAUGAGUGUCACCCGCACCUCUUUGUCCCCUGCUCAGCUCAAACAGCUUCUGCAGAACCCUCCUGCAGGAGUGGAUCCCAUCAUUUGGGAGCAGGCUAAAGUGGACAACCCUGAACCUGAGAGGCUGAUCCCAGUGCCCAUGGUCGGGUUUAAGGAGUUGCUCCGCAGGUUAAAGAUUCAAGAACAGAUGACGAAACAGCACCAAACCAGACUUGAUAUAAUCUCCAACGACAUCAGUGAGCUUCAGAAGAACCAGGCGACCACCGUGGCUAAGAUUGCUCAGUAUAAGAGGAAGCUGAUGGAUCUGUCACACAGAGUUCUACAGGUGCUGAUAAGGCAGGAGAUUCAGAGGAAGAGUGGUUAUGCUAUCCAGGUGGAUGAAGAGCAUCUCAGAGUGCAGCUUGACAUGAUUCAGUCUGAACUCAAUGCUCCCACGCAGUUUAAAGGUCGGCUGAAUGAACUGAUGUCUCAGAUCCGAAUGCAGAAUCACUACGGCGCAGUGCGGGCAGAGGAGAAAUACAUUGUAGACACAGACCUGCUAAGAGAGAUAAAACAGCACCUGAAGCAGCAGCAGGAGGGUCUGAGCCACCUGAUCAGCGUGAUUAAAGACGACAUGGAGGACAUCAAGAUUAUAGAGCAGGGCCUGCAUGACAGCGUGCACGUGAGGGCCGGAAAACUCAGCUGACACGGCUCGUCCAUCUUCCCCGAUAAGAUCAUUACACACAGUCCACUCAGACCUUCUCUCACAUUCAUACAUGUACAGACAUGCACACUCAUUCAUACACUUUUUAUACAGAUAAACACAGCUCCAUGUCAGUUUGAGUGCUUCACAAGGAACAUGCACAGCACUUUCAACAGCCGUCAGUAUCCUAGAACACUCUCUGUUCACUUCUGCAAAUAAAAGUCUUCCGUCUUAAAGAAUCUGUGUUAUUGCUAAUUAAGCAGACUGUCCGGCUUUGAUGUAGAAGAGAUUACAGGCAUGAUUCUGCCUCAUUCAGGCAUGGUUCUUGAAGCACUGAAUGCAGUGAUAACAUGGCAAAACAAAGACAUUGUUUGGGCACACUUGUUCAAUUUUUUUUUUGUUUUGUUGAUUUUCUAAGUAAAAAAUGUUAACACACCUACAGAGAACACAUUUUAAUGCACAGUUCCUGUUUAUUUGCUUCUGUAUUUUGUCAUUGUUUACCAGCAUGUUAAACUCUGCAAAUACAAAGGAAAUUGUGCACUAAAAUUCACAGGAAAAUGUCAUGUUUGUAGAGGAUGUGAACAUAUUUUCACUCGACUAUGGGGAUGUUCAAACAUUUACAUGUGGCUGUAAUCCUGACAAAAAUCAUAAGCACUCUCAAUAUGGAUGUUAAUUUUGAAGGGUGCAUAUGUGGUCACUGGAGAGUCAUUUUAAUCGUAAUCUUCAUGUAAAUAGGGCUUUUAUUAUGAAUUUUAGCUUUUUUUGUAAAAUAGUGUGUGCUGCAUACACAAACUGGUAUAAAUAAAGUUUUCUGGGUAACA